AUGGUUAACAUGACAGUCACUUCUCUACUUAUGUAUUUGACUUGUGUUUCAAUCUAUGGAGUUGAAGGCAGCUUUCUCGAUGGUUCAAGAACUGGAAAUGGUGUUUAUCGUCGUCAUACAUCUGACGUGUAUUAUGGUUCCUUUCUUAAAGGCCGGUUUAACGGCCAAGGCAUGAAUGUAUAUGCAGAUGGUAAGAUAUUUAUCGGCAACUGGGAAAACGGAAAGAAAAAUGGCUCCGGUAAAAAGAUAUCUGCUGAUGAUAAUAUUCAAGAAGGUGUCUGGAAGAAUGACAAGUUGCUCAAUUGA